AUGAAGUACGCCUUCAGACCCCCGGGAAAGGUGCGCCUUGUGCAAUGCUGUGCAGAGAGGCAGAGCUAUGAUUCCAUCAUCUUGGAGCUUAAAGCCAAGCACGAACUCCGCGUCAUGCUAGAUCUCACACCGAGCGAAGUGGACAGGUUCAUGACCAAGGCGAUGAAACAAUCAAUGGAUUCAAGAUAUCAUCAAUACAUCAUCACAUCAAUGGACGUGCACACCGUGAACGUUGCAUCCUGGUGGCCGAAGAAUGGGACCGGUGCCGGAAAGCGACCCGGGGUGUACGGGCUUCGAAUUCUAGACCCGUCCGACGGCGCCGUGCGCGGUGUCAUCCGGGACUGGAAUUUCGGGGAGCUGCUCUUCGGACGCCGUGUGGACCAGAGGACGCUCAGGACGAUGAACGCCCUCAUCUACGAUGCCGUGGCCUUGCUGUCGAGGUCCUUCCACGACCUGGACACGUCGCAAGCGAUCGAGACGCUCAACAUCUCUUGUUCCAUUACCAAUCCGCAAGCCUUUUGGCCAUAUGGGGGUUCGCUUGUAAGCUAUAUGAAAAUGGUCCAAGUGAAAGGCCUCACGGGUGACGUGCGGCUGAAUGAGCGCGGUGCGAGGAGGGACUUGGUGCUUGACGUCGUGAAAAUCCGGGAAAACGCCUUUGCCAAGGAAGCCUCCACUCUUUUGUCUUCGGAACGGCGUUGA